GUGAACUGUGCCCUCCUCCAGGGCUUCUCUCGCGCAACACAGAGACCGUUUCCUCGCGCAUCUCCUUGCACAGUGUCGCGCGAGGGCCCCUCGCGGAGAGACGUCACUGCUGUCAGUUUGUGUCCGUUCGUCACAUUUGGUGGGUUUUAGUUCGAUUGAGAUGCUGCUCCAAGCAGAGCGCCUCGUUUUCUCGUCUUUCGUUUUAAACAACGACUAACGGCGAAGACCAAAACGGGAAUGAAUCACGGAAAGCGACAAUCUAGCGGUGGAAAGAAGGAGAAGACGUCGCCGGAAUGAUCCCCAAAGAGACCCGUUUCCUCGCGCUGCGCUCGUGAAGCUCAUUCAAAGGAUUCAAAGGGGCGCGCGAUCGAGCGGCUCUCGCGCACAGCCUGCCCUCAAUCAUGCCUGUGCGACGAGGUCACGUCGCGCCACAGAACACAUUUCUCGGGAUUAUUAUCCGCAAAUUCGAGGGUCAAAACAAGAGAUUUGUCAUAGCAAAUGCACGCGUCCAGAACUGUGCCAUCAUCUACUGCAAUGAUGCCUUCUGUGAGAUGACCGGGUUUUCCAGGCCGGAUGUCAUGCAGAAGCCGUGCACCUGCGACUUCCUGCAUGGACAGCUGACCAACCGGCAUGCUAUUGCGCAGGUAGCACAGGCUCUCCUGGGCUCGGAGGAACGCAAAGUGGAGAUCACCUACCACCGCAAGGACGGAUCAGACUUCCUGUGUGCGACACACAUCAUUCCAGUGAAGAACGAAGAGGGUGUUGUCAUGAUGUUCAUCUUGAGCUUUGAUUACGUGCUAAAGGAGGGUAGCAUGGAUUCGUUAGACAGACUCAACCACAGCUCCCCAUCCAGACCAGAACAAAAAAAAGGACGUUUCUUCCGUUUUCGUCUGCCUGCCCCAUUAAGCAUGCUAGGAGUGAGUAAGCAAUCCCUCCCCCAAGAAGACCCGGAUGAGGUGACCAUUCAUUCGGCUGAUCAGAAUGAGAAACGCUCUUCCUGCUCGUCAUCUCUCUCCCUUUCCCUCUCUCCACGUGAACUCCAUCCACCAACCGGCGAGAGCUGUAGCCCCUCUUAUGGAAAUGACACCCGUGCUCUGAUUGGCCAGAGUUGUCUGGGAUCAUGCUCGCCGAUCUCAGGGCCACAGGAUCACUCGUCUCCACGGGGCCCCUGGGAACGGAUGGACCCCCAGGAGCCUUUGGCGACUGCAUCCAGGAUGGCAUCACAGGCCAGUAUGUGCACAUUUAGGAGACCAUCAUCUACACAAGAUUUAGAAGGAAUCAGUACGCACACACAAAGGACGUACCGUGAUCGCCAUGCUAGCGAAGAUAAUGGGCGUAGUAUUAAAGUGUCGCGCUCUUGGAUGGCUGGGGGUCCAUUUAAUCAGAUCAAGUCCAGCCUUCUGGGCUCCACGUCUGACUCAAACCUUACCAAGUACAGCACCAUCAACAAGAUCCCUCUAAUCACUCUGAACUUCUCAGAGACAAACAAUGACAAGCGGGCAUCAUCUCCGCAUUCCUCAGAGAAAACCAUCAUCGCACCAAAGGUCAAAGAUCGGACACACAACGUCACAGAGAAGGUCACACAGGUGUUGUCGCUAGGCGCUGACGUGCUUCCAGAGUAUAAGCUUCAGACACCAGGCAUCAACAAGUUCACCAUUCUACACUACAGUCCCUUUAAGGCAGUCUGGGAUUGGCUGAUUCUGCUGCUAGUCAUCUACACCGCUAUUUUCACGCCCUACAGUGCGGCCUUCCUUCUCAAUGACCUGGAGGAGGAGAGGAGACGUGAGUGUGGUUAUUCCUGCAGUCCUCUCAACGUGGUGGACCUCAUAGUGGACAUUAUGUUUAUUGUAGACAUUCUUAUCAAUUUCCGGACUACGUACGUCAACGCCAACGAGGAGGUGGUCAGCCAUCCAGCUAAGAUAGCUGUGCAUUACUUCAAGGGGUGGUUCUUCAUAGACAUGGUGGCAGCCAUACCCUUUGACCUGCUCAUAUUUGAGGCAGGAUCAGAAGAGACAACGACUCUGAUUGGCCUACUGAAGACUGCCAGACUUCUCCGAUUGGUCCGUGUGGCACGGAAGCUGGAUCGUUACUCAGAGUAUGGGGCGGCUGUCCUCAUGCUCCUCAUGUGUAUAUUUGCGCUGAUUGCUCAUUGGUUGGCUUGCAUAUGGUAUGCAAUCGGCAAUGUGGAGAGGCCCUAUCUGGCGCACACGAUUGGCUGGUUGGAUAAUCUGGGCAUGUCCAUCGGCAAGCAGUACAACGUCAGUGACCGCUCCUCAGGCCCCUCAAUCAGGGACAAGUAUGUGACAGCACUGUAUUUCACAUUCAGCAGUCUGACCAGCGUGGGGUUUGGAAAUGUGUCACCAAAUACCAACUCAGAGAAGAUCUUCUCCAUCUGUGUCAUGCUCAUUGGCUCUCUGAUGUAUGCUAGUAUCUUUGGGAAUGUGUCUGCUAUAAUUCAGCGACUGUACUCUGGAACAGCUCGGUACCAUCUGCAGAUGCUUCGGGUCAAGGAAUUCAUUCGCUUUCACCAGAUCCCGAACCCGCUGAGACAAAGAUUAGAGGAGUACUUCCAACAUGCGUGGACUUACACCAAUGGCAUCGACAUGAACAUGGAGGUACUGAAGGGCUUUCCAGAGUGCCUGCAGGCUGAUAUCUGUCUUCAUCUGAAUACAAGUUUGCUCCAGAGUUGCAAGGCGUUCAGCGGAGCGACCAAAGGAUGCCUUCGGGCACUGGCAAUGCGCUUUAAGACCACCCAUGCCCCACCAGGUGACACGCUGGUGCAUUGUGGGGACGUUAUCACAGCCCUCUACUUUCUCGCCAGGGGCUCCAUCGAGAUUCUGAGAGACGACAUAGUGGUGGCUAUCCUGGGUAAGAAUGAUAUUUUUGGAGAGAUGAUUCAUCUGUACGCCAAGCCGGGGAAAGCCAACGCAGAUGUUCGAGCGCUGAGCUACUGCGACCUGCACACCAUCCACAGAGAGGAUCUUCUGGAGGUUCUGGACAUGUAUCCUGAAUUCUCUGACUACUUCCUGUCCAAUCUGGAGCUCACCUUCAACCUGCGCGAUGAGAACACCAAGGGCGCCACCACAGCUCUUCAGAGGAACGUUUACACGGCAAUGAGUGACUCAGACACUGAAGACCCUGACGUCAAGACUAAACCCUGCUUUAAGAGGAACCACUCCUCAGGUUCUCCGAGCAGACCGAGCGGGACAGACCAGGAAAGGGGAAGAGAUCGAGAGGUUCACACGUUCCCGGGAAGGGAGGAGGAGGAGGAAGAGGAGGGUGAGGAAGUGACAGCGAGGCCUUUGAGUUUGGGUCAAUCCCUUCCUUACAACCUGAACACCAUCCAUGACACAUACAGUAAAGAUUGUGUUGAAAACAAUCUGUUUCAUAAAGAUGUGCGUGUUGAAGAAUGGCCUUGUGGGAAUGCAGAUGACUCAGCGAAAUCUCGGGACAGAGAAGGAGGAGACGAUUCUGAAAGUGACCUCACAUUCGGUGAAAUGGAGCAAAGACUGGAUCUACUACAGGAACACCUGAACAGGCUGGAAGCGCAGAUGACUUCAGACAUCCAGGCUAUUUUACAGUUGCUCCAGAGGCAGAGCGCUCUGGGACCUCCAGCGUACAGCACUGUGGCCGUCAGCCCAGAAUACCACAAACCCGUGCAGCCUGUCACCGCCAUGCAGACACAGGCGUUCUCUAGAUCAGGACUCUGCAAAGCCAAAGACUCCACGCCUGCCGUUACCAUGGAGAUGACCUCUGAUGUCAGCACGGCGACUACAUUGGUGACAGACCCAGAGUGGGAGGCGGGCCUGGGACUGAAACCAUUGGAAAAUGAGCUCUCUGCAUCACAGCAGCCAAGAUCUUUCCAGAUGUCAGCCAGGCAAGCGUCUCUCCCAGAUUCGUCACCCGGAGGCGGAUUGACGCCGGGUCUCCGCAGGCCCUCCUCUGAUCCUGGGCUUCCAGGGCAGUAACAUAAGGUCAAAGGUUUUGAUGGUAAUGAAGCAGAGUCCAAUAACAACUAGGUUGAGUUCUAAUAAGCUGAAUUGUGAAGAAGAAUGCCUUAUAGACGAAUCUCACUCCUGUAUGCUUUCAUGUAACUAUGCAUAGAGAGAACAAACACUACAGUAAGCUCAGCCUCCUCCCUUCUACAGCUAGACUCAGGGUAGAGAACACCAAACCGAAGAGUCGUAUGCAAAGAACUUAAAACAACCUUUUCCAUGUCCCUAAUAGUUACCUUAAAAAUGCUGUAGCUGAAAACAAAGCAGUUGAGCAGAUGCAUUAAUGCAGAAUGUAUCAGUUUGAAGGUUGUUCAUUUUGUAAAUACAUAAAUAGAGCGCUGUUCAGGAAGUAACAUACUGGACAUACAACCAUGUUAAUGAAAGAAAGAUGCAUGCUAGGGGUAUACAAAUGCAGUGUUUAUUUAUUUUUUUGCAUGUUUCUUGAAAAACACUUGCAUUGUUAAAUUGAUGACGUGAGCUCGUUUUUUUUGUUUGUUGUUCUUACAUUACCUAUUUGAGAUUUACAUGCAUUUAACUAUGAAUUUCCUGGUAUUCAGGAAGAAUCUUUACUUGAACUGAACUCUGCAAAGCAAAGCCUCAUCAUGAAAACUGUUGUCAUCAUCUCAAAAUAUCACAUUAUUCUACCCAUAUCAGAUUUUCACUGCACCGUUACAUUUAACAACGACACACUGCCCCUUCAGAGCUAACUCAACAUUUUAGCAUUGUCAGUAUUGCAACAUCAUGUCAGUCUCAGUAUUGAAUUUGACAAAACUUUUUUGGUCCAAGUGAGUGUGACCAUUCUUUGGCCCUCAUGGUGGGUAAUUCAAACCACAGAUGAGUGCUGUAUCUCCCCAGAAACAGAGGGGUCAUUCUUAAU